AGCCAGAGCGCGUCUUCAGUGGUGUGCAGAGGGUAGUUCCCUGUGCAGCAGCGCCUCUCCGCGCUCCUACGUGUAUUAUUUACAUUGUACUGUCGGGCUGGCUGCUCACACGUGUCCCACCGUCUCGCCUCUUUGUCCUGCAUCACACUUUCACUGGCUCCACCGUCAGCGACGGAGAGAAGCUGACUGCAUGCCGCGUUUGCCCUUUCCUUGCACUGCUUAUCCUGCAGCGGACUGCUCAGCUUUUUGAUUGGAUUCCUUUUCAAUAAAGCGGAACGCUUCCCACCUGAAAGAAGGAAAGAAAGAAGGAGAAACAGAGGCAGGGAUGCUGCAUCUCUCCAGCCCUUGUCCUCUGGUUCCGGACGGACUGGGACGGGUUAGAUGACGUGCGGAGGGGGUUCUCCGGGUAUUUAUGUUUCGCCCUGCGUUGAAAAAGACCCAUCCCACCGGGAGAUCCAUGCUCCGGCUUUUGUGUCGCUGUCAUCAUGUCCCCAGCAUCGGCUCCAGAGGCCAGUGAGAGCAGCACAACCACGGUCCAAGAGGAGGCAGCGGCCAGUCCCAGGGAGGAGCAGCAUCCUCAGAAACAAUCUCUGACCAAGUCUUUGUGCCAGGAGUCUCACUGGAAAUGCCUACUGCUGUCCCUGUUGAUGUAUGGCUGCGUAGGAGUGAUAGCCUGGUGCCAGGUGACCAAGGUCACGCGUCUCUCCUUCGACAGCGCCUACAAGGGAAAGUCCAUGAUGUUUCACGACAGUCCCUGCUCCAACGGCUACAUUUACAUCCCCCUGGCUUUCCUGGUCAUGCUCUAUGUGGUCUACCUUGUAGAGUGCUGGCAUUGCUACGCCAGGAACGACCUGCUGUACAAGGUGGACGUGGACAGUGUGGCCGAGCGCAUACAGCGAAUGCAGCAGGCCACGCCCUGCAUCUGGUGGAAGGCCAUCAGCUACCACUAUGUCAGGAGGACGCGGCAGGUGACGCGUUACCGCAACGGAGACGCAUACACCACCACUCAGGUUUACCACGAGAGAGUGAACACGCAUGUGGCUGAGACAGAGUUUGACUAUGGGAACUGUGGUGUUAAGGACAUCUCGAAGCAGCUGCUAGGUUUGGAGGGAUUCCCCAUUAGCAGGCUCAGGUUCACGAAGUGUUUUAGCUUUGCCAAUGUGGAGUCAGAAAACACCUACCUGACGCAGCGGGCUCGCUUCUUUACAGAAAACGAGGGCCUGGAUGAUUACAUGGAGGCCCGCGAGGGGAUGCACUUAAAGAAUGUGGACUUUAAGGAGCACAUGAUUGCCUUUUCUGACCUGAACCAUCCUCCCUGGUAUGCUUCCAACUCUGCUUUCUGGGUGGCAGCUGCGUUCACUUUCUCUUGGCCACUGCGGGUGCUGACUGAGUACCGUACAGCCUGCGUGCACUACCACGUGGAGAAGCUAUUCGGCUUUGACUAUGUGCCAGCAACGCCAUCCGAGGAGCGUCCGUAUUGCCGACACAUCCCACGGGUCAACACCAUCGACAGCACGGAGCUAGAGUGGCACAUCCGCUCCAACCAGCAGCUGGUGCCCAGCUACUCGGAGGCAGUCCUGAUGGAUCUAGCCCAGCUUUCUGGGAGCUGCAACAGCUACUCCACAAGUGGACGGUACGGCAGCUUCAGGCAGAAUUGUGAACGCUGCCACCGCGCCAUCAGCAGCUCCUCCAUCUUCUCCCGCAGCGCCCUGAGCAUUUGCAACACAGCAAGCCCUCGUAUCCCCUUCAGCGCCAGUCGCUUCUCCCUAGGCCGGCUGUAUGGGUCCAGGCGGAGCUGCCUGUGGAGGAGCAGCGGGAGCCUGAAUGAGCAGUCCUGUCCCACCGAGAGCACUCGCUGUCUGUCAGGUCAGCAGACUAAUGAGGAGAACCCUCCGGCCUAUCAGGACGCUCUGUGCUUUCCUGUGCUCAUUGUGCAUCGCAACGAAGGAUGUCUCAAUCACGACCACCGCUCUUUGCACAGGAAUGGCUCCUGUGUGGAGACGUCCCUUUGACUCACAGCUAGCCCAAUGUGAUGACACAAACUGAGGCUGAGAAACAUCUUUAACCCUGGCUUGCGAGGGUGUGUACAUUUACAAUGCUUUGUGAGUAUGCUAAGUGAGUACUUACACUUACAUUUUGGUGAAAUGUA